UUGUCACUAAAACCAUGUCAGGCCUUGUCUGGUUACUAAUCUCACUCCAUACCCUGUUCUCAUCUGCACCAAAAACCUAUGCCAAUCCCAUAUCCUGUCGAACCUAUUGUGGGAACCUUACAAUCAGUUACCCAUUCGCCCUCCAACAAGGCUGUGGCCAUCCAGGAUUCCGUGACCUCUUAUUCUGCAUAAACGAUGUCCUCAUGUUCCACAUAAGUUCUGGUUCAUACAGAGUCCUUGACAUAGACUACGCUUACAAAUCUCUAACAUUACACGAUCCCCACCUUUCAACUUGCGAAUCAAUCACCCUAGGCCAACGUGGAAACGGGUUUGUGGUCGAGGAAUGGCGGGUACCUUACUUGACUCCAUCUGGGGACAAUGUUUUCAUGCUAUUGGGUUGCUCGGCCAAGUCCCCACUUUUUCAAGGAUUCCCCGGAAAGCAUUUACCUUGUAGGAAUGUUUCAGGAAUGGGAUGUGAAGAGUACUAUGGUUGUUCUGCGUGGACUAGCCGACAAGGAUUGUGGCCUUCGGCUUCGGAGUGUUGUGCGGUUCCUUAUGGUGCGAUUAAGGCUGUGAAUCUUACGAAACUUGAUUGUCAAGGGUAUAGUAGUGUUUAUAACUUGGCUCCGGUUAGAGUGAUGGGGCCUGAUGAGUGGACGUAUGGGAUACGGGUUGGUUAUUCGAUGCAGGGGAAUGAAGUGUUUUGUCGUGGGUGUGAAUCGAGUGGGGGAGUUUGUGGGUAUGAAAUGGGUACGGUUAGUGAGGUUUGUAUUUGUUCGGCUGCGAAUUCUACAGUGAAUUGUGAGAAGCCAGUGUUGGAAUUGAACAGGGCACAGACCCAUUUCAAAGACAAUUGGGUCGUUGCAGUUUUACUUUUACUUCUAUCUCUUUUACCAUUUCAUAUUUGAAAACUGUUUUUUGUUUU